UAUUCGAUAAUUCUCUAGAAAAAAUGCAACAACGUCAUAAUUGUCAAUAAAUUUGUUUAAAAACACAUCUCAUUUGUGUAUUGGCACUUGAAUAAGACACAAAUAAAAGAGUGACAUCCAUUUGUGUACACGUCGUCAAGUGACAAACGAGAAAUAUUGAAAGAAUUGUGAAAAAAGACAAAAAUAAUCACCACUAAGGGAGUAGACCCCACUAAGAAGCCAACAAAUAUUAGUGGGUCGUUGUAGUAGGAAUUGGAUUGUGCAAGACAUGUCCUACUUUGCUCAUAGUGGUGAUUUGGUUAAUCUCAAUGUAGGGGGUCAGAGAUUCUCAACUUCAAGACAAACAUUAACAUGGAUACCCGAUACUUUCUUUACGGCUUUAUUAAGUGGUCGCAUUUCAAGUUUAAAAGAUGAAACAGGGGCAAUUUUUAUUGAUCGUGACCCAGCUUUGUUUUCCAUCAUUCUAAACUAUUUGCGCACCAAGGAAAUUGAUGUGAAAAAUUGUGAAAUACGAGCAUUGAGGCAUGAAACGGAAUACUAUGGUUUGACACCACUAGUAAAGCGUUUGGCUUUGUGUGAAGACUUAAAUCAUUCCUCGUGUGGGGAUGUAUUGUUUUAUGGAUUCUUGCCAGCACCACCUAUACCACCAAACGAUAACAUAAUAAUUAAUCAGCAGCAGAAUGUUCCGGCUACAAAUACAAUUUCAUCAACAGCAACAGGCCUUCCGAACCAGGAACCGGUAAAUUCUUCUCGAAGUAAUACUACUACCGCUGCGUCAGCAGCAGCAGCUGCACCAAUCCCAUUGGAACCAUGUCUGCCAUCGACAUCUGCUGCAGCAGCUUCAUCCACAAGUGGCAAUGCCAGACCCGGUUCCAUGGUACGUGUACCGGAACCUACAAACGUUGUCUCGAAUCGUCAUUCUUCUCAUUCACGCAAUUCAUCAUGGGAUUUGCGAGUAGGUCGUGGUAACUCGACAGCACCCGAAAAUCGCUGCUGGCCUUCUACAACACGUGGUGAACACUCUCGAAAUCCUUCAUUAGAUUUUAUGCGUCAUUCUCGAAACUCUUCAGCUGAUUUGAACAAACUGAUACGCAAUGAUGUGGGUUUGGUGUUUUCGCCAACUCUUACCUCGAAUUGGGUCGAUCCACUUCGGGUGCAAAUUAUCAAGGCCCAUCAAAACUGGUUUGCCGUGGCCUAUGCUCAUUUUGUGGCCUGCUAUCGGGUCAAAGAUUCUAAUGGUUGGCAAUUGGUCUUCACCUCACCCUAUAUCGAUUCCACAAUUGAACGUAUUGCCAUAAAUUCCAAAGUUAAUAUGUCCACCGGAGAGGCAAUACCUAGUAAAAUGGUUGCCAUUUCAUACGGCAGUCAAAUACGUUUGUGGAGCAUCCAAGAGGGUGGUGAUAAAACCGAUAUUGGAACAUUCAACUUAAAUGUGAGAGUUGAACAUUUAUUUUUCAUUGGCAGUCAACUAGUGGCUUUGUCUUCGUCUUCUUCUGGCAAGAUUGGCGUUUGGCAUGCCAUGACUCAACACUGGCAAAUACAAGAUUUAGUACCGGUUUUAUCGUUCGAUUCAGCUGGUUCAUUUCUUUUGUUGGGUUGCAAUAAUGGUUCUAUAUAUUAUAUUGAUAUGCAAAAAUUCCCCUUGCGCAUGAAAGAUAAUGACCUAUUGGUAACAGAAUUGUAUAAAGACCCAAAUUUGGAUCCAAUCACAGCCAUAUCAGUAUAUUUAACACCAAAAACAUCAAGUAUUAGCGGCAAUUGGAUUGAAAUUGCUUACGGUACUAAAAGUGGUGCGGUUCGCAUUAUUGUACAGCAUCCAGAAACAGCUGGACAUGGACCACAUCUAUUCGAGACGUUUACAGUGCACCAGAGUCCGGUCACCAAAGUAAUGCUUUCCGAAAAGUAUUUGGUUUCAGUAUGCAGUGAAUACCAUCAUGUACGUACAUGGAGUCUGACAAGAUUUCGUGGUAUGUUAUCGACGCAGCCGGGAUCUACUCCGGAGGCCUCAUUUAAAAUUGUAUCACUCGAUGCUACCGAAACCAAUUAUAGUUAUGUUGCGGGCAAUGAUUUCGGACCAUAUGGUGACUAUGAUGAACAGAUCUUUGUGCAAAAGGUUGUACCGGAAACGGAUCAAUUGUAUGUUCGAUUGGCUUCGAAUGGUGAACGGGUUUGUGUUAUAAAAUCUGUUGACGGCUCAUCAAUUACUUCGUUUUGCGUACACGAAUGUGAGGUAUCCUCACGCAUGGGAUCUCGUUUCAUACUGACGGGUCACUGUAAUGGCAACAUACAAAUGUGGGAUCUCACUACGGCGCUAGCUUUGUUUUUCAAAAAGGAUGAAAACCACCACCAGAAGCAGAAAAUCAACGGCGGACCCGACACCAACGAGCUACUCCGCCUACUUGACCAAUGUGAGAUCAGUAAUAGCCUCUGCUCAACGCCUUGUAUGUCACCAUGUUUCUCAGCUUUGGCAGGCAUGGCACACAACAACACUAUAGCGCGUAUGAAAGCCAGCAAUUUGGCCCUGCUAAAUCAAUCUCUGCAGCAACAACAGCCGGCAUCGUCAUCGUCAACAGGCAAUUCGUCGGCGUCAACAUCGACAUUGUCAUCACAACAUGCGCCGCACCAGCAACAGCAACCGGGCUCGCAUUCUUCGGGGCAGUUACGCGGCCAUAGCGGUGGCAAUGUCAGCGAAUGAAAUACGGUAGCAACGUUCCCAGAGGCGGCGUUGGUCGGGCGUAUUAAUACAUCAUUUGCAGUGUUUCAUCUAACGUUGAAUGACAUACAAAUUCGCUGUAAAUGUCUGCGUAUUGUAUUUUUUACUAUAUUCUAUUUAACUAUUAUGAUGUUAUGCGUUCUAAUAGCACCCUGAUGGUAUGCAUAAACACAAAAAUCACCAAUAUCAUCUUCCCUGAAAUAAAAACCACCAGCAACAAAAUACUUUUAGAUAUUCAAUUACAAACAAAAAACAAAACGAAAUGAAAAACCUUGAAAAGGUUUAAUGCAUUAUCUCUACACUUAACAAAAAUAAAUAAUUAGUAGACUAGUUAUAUAUUAUUCAGAAUUAUAUACGAUUCUCCAUUUUUAUCUAUUUAGAUAUAAUUGUUUUCGAUAGAAAUUCCAUUGUGAACCAUCCUACCAGUAAAUGUGCGACAGCAAAGAAGAAAAUUGUAUGUAAAAUUUUGUUGUGUUAAGAACUGUGUUUUUUGUUUGGUUUUAAUUUAGUUUCAGUCAAUAAUUCUCUCACAAAAAUCUGACUGGGUUUUGCUACAUACAAUACAACAACAUGAUGAUGGUUUGAUCAAUAUUAUAUACAAAUUGUUUUAAUUUUUCUUAUUAAUAUAAACAUAUUAAUGGAAACAUAAAUAGUUAAUAAAAAAUAUAUACACA